AUGGCCAAAGAUGACGCGAAGCGAAAGGCAAACAAAACAACCUGUUUUUUCCCGGAGUUUCCUCCGAGUAGCACCCCCCCUCAGAGCGCCUGCCAUCAUCGUAGCGUGAGCUCCUCGUUGGAGCAGCUCCAUGGCAACGGCGUGGGGAGCCUGACCGCAUCGCGUGAAACGAGCUCUCGCUACGUCUACACCAAUAAUCGAAUGCACCCCAUCAUUCUCAAUCGCUACGCGCGCUAUUUACGCCGUCGACAACAAGCAAAAGGAAUGCUACCACGCAAAUCAAAAGCUAACGCGAACGGCUCCCCUAAAAGCGAGGAUGACGAGGAGGAGUUGUCGGAUUCGAAAAGCGUCUUUCCAACGGGUGGGGAACGCAAAAAACACGACAUUUUGCAGGAUUGGCAGCCCUGCCUCCACGAUAGUUUCGGCAACCUCGCGUAUCAUCGACUAUUUCAUACGGAUCCCUUCGCGGUACCGCGGGUGGGCGACUCCCCCGCAGGGGAGGACCUCCACGAAACGCUUUCCGCCGAUUGUGGCAACUUCGAACCCCAUCGCGAGCUCCAAGACACCCCGAUUAAAAUGGAAAAACCCCCUGGCGCCCAUAGCAAGACCGCCUUCACCAAAAAACUCUCCUUCUUGCACAAUCGCGAUUUUUGGGUUCUUCUUCGCUACUCCAUACGACUGGCGUUGAUCGGGGUGCUUUUUCCGGCGCUUUUGGUGUAUUUUAAGCUCGGCAACGGGGAGUUUUUCACCCUCACGUACGUCCUCUCCGGCGUGCUCAUCUCCGCGAGUAUGAGUGUUGGGCAGAUGAACGCGUUUAUUAUGCAAUACAUCAAAGCCACGAUGAUGUGGCUUCCCCUCGCGUUGAUUUGCGCUGCGGCGAAGUUGGGCCACCACACGAUCGCGUGGUUCGUCGUCUACGUCGUGUUGAUGUUUCUGUCAGCCUUUUUGAACGUCAACAUUACCCGACGGAUGAGUUUGUUCCUGCUGAACGUCGCCCUCGUGGCGAUUCUCGCGGGGAAUGAAUCGAUCCUGCAGCCGUUUAUUAUUCUGGGGAACUGGUCGACCGGGGUGGCGUUCUCGAUGUUGACGAUUCUCCUGCCAUACCCCGUUCUCGCCGCGAGCGAUGCCACGCGGACGUUGGAGCGGAUUUUGGAGGAUACCUCCACCUGUUUUGACGGGAUGCUCUCCUGUUUCUGGGCGGAAAACAACACGGAGCGAAGUAUGUUCAUGGUGCACAUCCGCUACCUUGUUCGGGCGAUCGACUUCUUUAUCGAGGAGUUCGAAACACACAACGCGAAUAGCUUUUACGAAAUCCUCUUCUUCGACACCUAUGAGCGGUAUGAGGUACGGGAGGAAAAGGCGAAGCUGCUGUGGAAGCUCAAGAUGAAUCUGCGCACGAUGGAGCGGGUGAUUAACGCGCUGCAGGAGCGCCCACAGAUCCUCACGAGUUGCCAGCGCUCAUGGAUCUUUAAAAAGCAACUCUCAAAGCCGAUUCAGGAGGUAACGAAGGCGACCGGGGAGCUGUUGCUGAAUAUUAGUCGUGCAAAGACCUACACAGCGCUACGAAACGCGCACGAGUUUUUCGAAUCCGCUGGAAAAUCCAUCAAGAGGCUGCAAGAAGAGUUCGAAGCGGCGCAGAAGACCGCGUUGUACGAAAACGAAGAGGAGAUCUUUUCGGAUACCCAUCGAAUGGAGGAGUUCCUACCUCUUUUCUCAUUUUUUAUCUUUUCUAUUGUCAAUUUUUGGAACGUGCUGGAUAACUUCAAAGGCAACGUCAACCGCCAUGAGGACGCACAUAACUGGCGCGUAACCCUCGGUUUGGUCUUCACCUCCAUAAAAAAUACCCUGGGUGGGAAUGUAACGCUGCUUCGGAAUUUGAUUAUCUACCGCGCGGAGACGGAGUGUCGGAUUUUCAUCGAAGCCUUCAAAGUCAGCCUCGCGAUGCUGCUUGCCGUUAUUUUUUUCUACAACGUGAAUAGCAAAAUGCUGUUGCUGUCAGGGCCAACGAUUAUCGCGUUCGUUUCGGGGAUGAAUCCGGUGGAGGCCGUGCACGCGAGCGGGGCGCGCCUGACUGGCACCCUCAUCGGCUCCGUCAUUGGUUUUUUCGGCGUUACGCUUCUUAAAAAGCGCAUUUCACGGAUUAUCGCGAUCUGCGUGGUGGUUUUCGUGAUGAGUUUCGGACGGCUGAAUCACGAUGUGGCGCCAAUCUGCGGGAGCUGCACCUUCGUCGCGGUGACGCUCCUCAGCUCCACCUUUGAAGGGGCCGAUUACACAAUCAGUCGAAUUCAACAAAACACAUUUUCGAUUUUCAUCUACUGCUUCAUCAGUGUCUCCAUCCUCCCCCUCAGCCCGGGUGAGGUGCUGUAUGAAAAGCGGCUUGAAGCCCUGAAGCUUGGAAGCCAAUCGUUUAAAAAAAUUAUGGGGUUGUUAUACGAAGCCGCCUCCUACCACAAGGAUAUCACCGAAAAACGCCUGAAGAUGAAGGAAAGGCAUGGAACGAACGGGGAAAACUCCACCCAUUCCAACUUCACCGUCACGAAUGCCGCCAACGAGACUUCGGAUGACCUUGUGGAGGAAAAACCACCGCAAAGUCUGUCGUGGUUCGCGUCGAUUUUUGCCUUUCGUCGACCAACGCAGAACGAAGAAUCCCCCCCUGCCCCACGCAGAGAAACUAACGACGAAAAAUCCAACACCUUCAUCGUUCCCGUUGACUUCAACGUAACCGGAGGGAAGGAGGAGGAAAACGCGAAAAACUCCGAUCUCCACCGAUCCCUCAUGCCACGCGCCUUUUUCAAGGAUCAAGAGGAUACGAAGGUUGCGGAUAUUCUCGAUACCAUUUUCGAAAUGCUCCACCUCGUGAUCUCGACGAAAUCGAUUAUGGAGUACGCGGCGAUCGAGUUUAGCAUCUUUCCACAUAUCUACCCGGUUCGCGCGACGGGGGAUGUUCACAUCGCGCUCUAUCGCCUGUGUGUGUUGUUAUAUACCAUGGCGUGUAGCUGGGAGCGGAUGCGCGCGAAAGGAUAUUUCACGGAGGAUAUGAUUCACGUCUUUCAUAAUUUGAUGCCGCUUGGGAACGACCUAACGGAGUGUUUUGAACGUUUCGUCUACGUUUGCGAUCUCUAUGUGCGGAACCCCUCCCCGGAGCUUUGCUCGGAGAUGAUGAAAGGCGUUACCCAGUUUCGAAAGAUGUGCUCGGAGAUGAGUGAUCGCACCGAGUACGAUCUCCUCGAGGUGAUUCGCAAAGUCAUCUCCGAGAUGAUUCUCCAGAAAUACGUGAACGAUGAGGCGAUGGAGGAUCUUGACGAAAAAGGAGGAGACGGAAGUGGAAGAAGUGGCGGGGAUUUGAACGGUUUUGCCCCCGAGAUGGGGGAUGACAACCACCCGAUGAUGGCUGAAUUGUCGCCGCAUUCCGAUCGAAAUAGCGUGCUGAACGUCCACAACAGAACGAUGAUUUUUAAACCCCAAAGCGCGGAUAGAAAUGUUCAAAAGCGCAUCCCCUACGGCGAGGAACCGAAUAACGCGCGAAGGGAAAAAUCCCACAUGGCGAGCGAUCCCCCUGCGGUGCAAUCCCCCUCUACGUUCUUUUCCACCCGCUCGACGUGUGGAAGCUCGAGUUCGAAUUUUAUCCAUCUCGAUAACAGCUUUGUGAUGCCAACGACGGCACUCGAUUUCGAAGGGUUACAUACCUUCACGUUGACGUUGAUUAUGUUCGGGCGGGAGCUCCGGAAGGUGUUGUUUGGCUUGGAAGAGAUGCUUCAAAGUGUUUAA